AUGCCAAGUGGCCAGUUCAAAGACAUCACACCACCUGACUACAAAGGCAAACACAUUGUGUUCUUUUUUUACCCUCUUGAUUUCACCUUUGUGUGUCCCACAGAGACCAUUGCUUUCAAGCUCAGGACAGAAGAAUUUAAGAAACUCACCAAGUCGGGGCACCUGGCUCACCAAGUGAUUGGUGCUUCUGUGGAUUCUCAUUUCUAUCACUUGGCAUGGAUCAACACACCCAAGAAAGAAGAAGGACUGGGACCCAUGAACAUUCCCUUGGUGUCAGCCUCCAGGUGUAGCAUCGCUCAGGACUAUGGAAUUUUAAAGGCUGAUGAAGGCAUCUCGUUCAGGGGCCUCUUUAUUGUUGAUGAGAAAAAUAUCCUUUGGCAGAUCACCGUGAAUGACCUUCCUGUCAGCUGGUCUGUGGAUGAGAUGCUGAGGCUAGUUUAG